GAUCGACAGAAGAGCCUCCAUCACCAUGGCCACCGCCUACUCCAUGCGCAGCUAUUCUUCACAUGGUUCCUCCAUGGGGGCACCCAUGAGGUCCUCACACAUGUCCGCCUCCAGUGGAUCAGCUGGGCGUGCCAUGGCCGUCCGGUCCGGAAGCGCUUUUGGUGGAGCAAGCAGCUCUGGGAUUCGCAUCUCCAAAGCAUCUCGGUCGAUGGCUGUAGGCUCAUCCGGAGCAAGCUUUGGCUCGAGUGUGGCCAUGGGUGCAGGUUUUGGAGGAGGUUAUGGAGCAGGUGUGGGUGGAGGUGUUGGUUCAGGUGUUGGUUCAGGUGUUGGUUCAGGUUUUGGCAGAGGUUUUGGCGGAAGUUUGGGCUCAGGUUUUGGCUCAGGUUUUGGCGCAGGUUUAGGUUUUGCUGCCGCUGUAGCUGAGGGUGGAAUCCUCGGCAAUGAAAAGUUCACCCUGCAGAACCUGAACGAACGUCUGGCCGCCUACCUGGUGAAGGUCAGCACGCUGCAGAAGGCUAACUCCGAGCUGGAGAUGAGGAUCCGCCAGUUUGUGGAGAGUAAGACCUCACCGAUCACCAGAGACAACACCGCCUUCCUGGUGACCAUCAAUGACCUUCAUACUAAGAUACUGGACGCAAUCACUCUGAACGGGAGGAUCCACCUGAACAUCGACAACGCUACACUGGCAGCGGACGACUUCAGACUCAAGUAUGAGAACGAGCUGAACAUGAGACUGUCGGUGGAGGCCGAUAUCGCCAAUCUGAAGAGGGUUCGUGAAGAUCUGAUCCAGGCCCAUAAAGAACUGACCACAGAGAUCGCUUCUCUGAACGAGGAUCUCGUCUUCCUCAAGAAGAACCAUGAUGAGGAAAUGGUGUCCACACGUGCCCAGAUGAGCGGACAGAUCCACGUAACAGUCGACGCAGCACCUCAGCAGGAACUCACCACAGCCCUGGAAGAAAUCCGUGAAUACUACGAGACCGUCACCGCAAAGAGCCGGAGAGAGCUGGAAAGCUGGUUCAAAUCCAAGACGGAGGCUCUGAAACUGGAGUUCGCUACCACCACACAGUCCCUGAGCACCUCCACAGCUGAAAUCCACACAGAGAAGAGCUCCUUACAGUCGAUGGAGAUCGAGUUUCAGUCUGCAAUGACCAUGAAAUCGUCGCUGGAGUUGGUCCUGGCAGAGACGCAGAAUCGUUACGCCUCCAGAUUAACACGCUAUCAAACAGAGGUAAUGACUCUGGAGGAACAGUUGGUGCACCUACGUGCUGAUCUGGAGCGCAAGAGUCACGAUUAUGAGCUUCUGCUGAACAUCAAGACCAGACUGGAGAAGGAGAUUGCUGAGUACAGGAGGCUGCUGGACAUCAGCGCGAGCAGCAGUUUGGCGAUGGCAGCUGCUGGUUCCCUAGCCAGUGCAUCAAUGGCUGCCUCUGCCAUGCAGGCUUCCAGUGCAUCAAUGGCUGCCUCUGCCAUGCAGGCUUCCAGUGCAUCAAUGGCUGCCUCUGCCAUGCAGGCUUCCGGUUCAUCCAUGGCUGCCCAAUCUGCGUCCUCAGCCAGUCAAUCGAUGGCUGCCUCUGCCAUGCAGGCUUCCGGUUCAUCCAUGGCUGCCCAAUCUGCGUCCUCAGCCAGUCAAUCGAUGGCUGCCUCUGCCAUGCAGGCUUCCGGUUCAUCCAUGGCUGCCCAAUCUGCGUCCUCAGCCAGUCAAUCGAUGGCUGCCUCUGCCAUGCAGGCUUCCGGUUCAUCCAUGGCUGCCCAAUCUGCGUCCUCAGCCAGUCAAUCGAUGGCUGCCUCUGCCAUGCAGGCUUCCGGUUCAUCAAUGGCUGCCCAAUCUGCGUCCUCAGCCAGUCAAUCGAUGGCUGCCUCUGCCAUGCAGGCUUCCAGUUCAUCCAUGGCUGCCCAAUCUGCGUCCUCAGCCAGUCAAUCGAUGGCUGCCUCUGCCAUGCAGGCUUCCAGUUCAUCCAUGGCUGCCCAAUCUGCGUCCUCAGCCAGUCAAUCGAUGGCUGCCUCUUCCAUGGCUUCUGGUGGUGGUAUGCAAAUGGGCUGUGCUGGUGGUAUGCAAAUGGCCUCUGGUGGAGAGAGCAUGAGUGCUGGUGGUAUGCAAAUGGCCUCUGGUGGUGGGCUCAUGGCCUCUGGUGGUGGUAUGCAAAUGGCCUCUGGUGGUGGGCUCAUGGCCUCUGGUGGUGGUAUGCAAAUGGCCUCUGGUGGUGGGCAAAUGGUCUCUGGUGGUGGGCAAAUGGUCUCUGGUGGUGGGCUCAUGGCCUCUGGUGGUGGGCAAAUGGUCUCUGGUGGUGGUAUGCAAAUGGGCUCUGCUGGUGGUAUGCAAAUGGUCUCUGGUGGAGAGGGCAUGACCUCUGGUGGUAUGCAAAUGGUCUCUGGUGGUGGUAUGCAAAUGGGCUCUGCUGGUGGUAUGCAAAUGCUCUGAUCAUCUGGAACUGUUAUUCAGCAAUAAAUGCCAAAAUCUGCAUUUCCUUCAAACUUCUAUAAAAAAAGAAAUGAAAUUUAAUUCAUGAUUUCAGUCGAACAAUAAAGAAAAUAUUUCAGCUGGA